GGGCGGUCCCGUUGCCGGAAGGCGGAACCGAACUCAGCCGGGCCGGUGUGCGGGGCGAGGAGUUGGGCUGACUAUUGAAACGGGCGGCGAUGGAAAUCCAGUACCCGGAGGCGGAGCGCGACGACAGCCGGGUGGAUGAUUACCAUGGGGUUAAAGUACCUGACCCCUAUGCCUGGCUUGAGGAUCCUGACAGUGAACAGACCAAGGCUUUUGUUGAAGCCCAGAACCAGCUAACCAUGCCUUUCUUGGAAAAGUGCAGAGUCAGAACGAGACUGAAGGAACGCAUGACUGAAUUGUUUGACUAUCCCAAAUACAGUUGUCCGUGCAGGAAAGGGAACCGAUACUUUUACUUCCACAACUCUGGACUGCAGAACCAGUACGUGUUGUAUGUCCAGGAUUCCUUGGAUGGAGAAGCUCGGGUGUUCCUGGAUCCCAACAAGCUCGCUGAGGAUGGGACUGUGGCCUUGAAGAUGCUGGCCUUCUCCGAUGACAAUGAGUUCUUGGCGUACGGGCUCAGUAAGAGUGGCUCUGACUGGGUCACAAUCAAAGUCAUAAAAGUUGAAGGUCCUGAGGAUCUACCAGACACCCUGGAAAGGGUGAAGUUCAGCUGCCUCUCCUGGACGCAUGAUGGAAAGGGAAUUUUCUACAACCGCUAUCCAGAUCAAGAAGGAAUCGCGGACGGCACUGAAACCACAUCCAACAUUCACCAGAAGCUCUACUACCAUGUGCUCGGCACCAACCAGACUGAGGACAUCCUGUGCGCAGAGUUCCCAGAUAACCCCAAAUGGAAAAGUGCAGCCACGGUUUCUGACGAUGGUCGCUAUGUAGUAUUAUCCAUUCAUGAGGGUUGUCAGCCCAAGAACCGGGUCUGGUACUGUGACCUGCACCAACUACCAAAUGGCAUUACUGGCCUCCUUCCCUGGGUUAAACUGAUCGACAACUUUGAUGCAGAGUACAGUUAUCUCACAAAUGAAGGACCUGUGUUCACAUUCAGAACGAACCUCAAUGCUCCUCGCAGUCGAGUCAUCAAUAUUAACCUGGAGCAGCCAGCUAUGUCAGAGUGGAGGGAACUCAUCCCCCAACAUGAGAAGGAUGUCUUGGACUGGGCAACCUGCGUCAAUGAUAAGUUCCUCGUCCUGAAUUACCUAAAGGAUGUGAAGGACACCCUGCAGCUGUACGACCUUGCCACGGGAAGAUUCCUCAAGGACCUCCCCCUUGAUGUUGGCAGCAUUUCUGGAUACAGUGGACGGAAGAAGAACAAGGAGAUCUUCUACCAGUUCACCUCCUACCUGACACCAGGAAUCAUCUACCACUGUGACCUGACUCAAGAGGUGCUGGAGCCUAAAGUUUUCCGAGAAGUGGAGAUCAAAGGGUUCGACUUCUCUGAUUAUCAGACAGUUCAGGUUUUUUACCCGAGUAAAGAUGGGACAAAGAUUCCAAUGUUCAUUGUCCACAAGAAGGGGAUAAAGCGAGAUGGUUCCCACCCACUGUUCCUGUACGGCUACGGAGGGUUCAACAUCUCUCUCAGUCCAUAUUACAAUGUGUCAUAUCUGAUAUAUAUCAGGCACCUGGGUGGGAUUCUCGCUGUGGCUAACCUACGAGGAGGUGGAGAAUACGGAGAAACUUGGCAUCAAGCCGGGAUUCUGGGAAACAAGCAGAACGCCUUUGAUGAUUUCCAGAGUGCAGCCGAGUAUCUGAUCCAGGAAGGGUUCACCUGCCGAGAGAAGCUGACGAUCAACGGAGGCUCAAACGGAGGCCUGCUCGUUGCUGCCUGUGUGAACCAACGGCCCGAUCUGUUUGGCUGCGCAGUCAUUGAGGUGGGGGUGUUGGACAUGCUCAGGUAUCACAAGUUCACCAUUGGUCACGCCUGGACCACUGACUACGGCUGUGCUGACAAGAAGGAGGAGUUUGAGUGGCUGAUAAAAUAUUCUCCACUCCACAACAUCAAGGUCCUAGAGGGAGGUAUCCAGUACCCUGCCAUGCUGUUGCUAACUGCUGAUCACGACGACCGAGUGGUGCCCCUUCACUCUCUAAAAUACAUUGCCACAUUGCAGCGCACAGUGGGCCACAAUCCCAAUCAAAAGAACCUUCUCCUGAUACAUAUCGAUACCAAGUCUGGCCACGGGGCUGGGAAACCAACUAGCAAGGUAAUCGAGGAGGAGUCAGACAUCCUUUCCUUCAUUGCUGAAACCUUGAAGCUAGACUGGCUGGAAUGAGGGAGAUCUUGGACGUGAUCAUUAAGGCUGACCAUAAUGUUAAUCAGUCAAUAUUAGGUUUUUAGAUGUUCUUUCUUUUCUACAUUGAUCACACGGUUAGCAUGACACUAUUACAGCUUGGGGGAGUUCUGGAGUUCAGGAGUCGAUGUAUGUCCUUCCCAUCGAAUGUGUGGGUUUUCCUCGGAUGGUAUGGUUUCCUCCCACAGUCCAAAGUCAUGCUAGUACAGUACUGUAUUGCACUGUAAACUGACCUGUGAUUAGGCUAGGGUGUGGACUUGCUCGAAGGGCCAACACCACACUAAAUAAAUCUCCAGAGCUGGGUUUCAACUCCCUAAACCAAUUGGAGAGGAACCUGUCAGGUUACAUGGCAGUCUCGAUAUUCUGACCAGAGAGCUUGAACGUUUGAACACUCUAACAGGCAGUUGAAAGCACGGGUGCUCUCAUUGGGAUCUCCCGUUCCAUAUUUAUAUCAGUUAUGGACACAUUAGGCUUGAUCAAUUUCCCCAUUUCCCCACUCUCGCCUCUGCAAGUCAACCCCUCGUGUUUCUACCAUGGUUUCAUCAGUCAAUGGGAAGUUUCCAGACCCUCUAAAUGUUCUUGUUCAGUGAUCACUGCUUGUCCAGAGUACGUGAAAUACUUUGCAGUAUUGGUUAUGUGCACAUGUAGCUGCCAUUGCCUUUUUUCAAAUUUUUGCCACAUUCAGGUAGCGUUUGGGUGAAUUCCUCAAUAAAGUACAUGCUGUGUGGGAGUAUUGUGGGUAUUUUUUUUUACAUAGAAACUGAUCUGGAUCUGAAAAAUGUUGCUGAAAAGGUGGUGGAGAGAUUACAACAUUCGAGAAGCAUCUAGACCAAUACAAUCACCAAGGCCUAAAUUGGGUUCUUGCCUUUUGGCUGCCUGUAAGCAGAUGAAUCUCAAGGUUGUAUAAUUUAUACGCUCUUUGAUCAUAAAUGUACCUUCAAUCCUCUGAACUAGUUGGAGCAGUGUAGAUAGGAGUGGGCAACAUAGAUAUGGAGGUUUUGGACUGUUUUCAGUGCAGUGCAACUCUAUCUUGUGGCACUCUGAUGAAUUGGGAGGCUGUUAAUAUCCUUGGUACUUCAAAAGCAGAGUAUUUGGGCCGCUUGUCCAAGCCAACAUUUAUUUCCACAAGCAAAUUCACCAUGAUUGUAGAUCUUCCAGUAUCUAUAUUCAAAGUACUCCAGCCGCUGAGGUGCCCUGUUGCAAUGAGCACUCUAUAUAGUUCAUUUCAGCAUUCUAUGUAACAUUGAAGUGUUCUGUUGCUAACAAUUGUAAUAAUGAAACUGAUUCAGAAAGUAUUUUUUCCCAGAACCUUUGUGUAAUGAAUGAAAUAAAACAAAUAAG